GGGUGGAUCAACAGGAGAGAGAGCUCUGACAGCCUUCAUCUACAUAGCACUAAAGGAGAGUGAGAGCUUCCUGGCUGAAACGGACAAGUCUUCCCUGACCAGAGCUGUGACCUACCUAGAAGGCCUGGUUGACAGCAACCAACUGACCGGCACAUACGAGAUGGCCAUUGUAGCAUACGCCCUGACGCUUGCUGGCAGUACUCGUGCCGCACCGGACUGCUGAGUAAACUAGAAGGUCAAACCAAGCCAUGGGAGGAGACGGUUGAGCCGGUCAAUAGUGGUGGUAAAAUGAUGGGCCGUCAAUUCAUAUAUCACCCACCUCAGGCCGCAGCAAGUGACAUCGAGACCUGGUCAUACGUUCUUCUGGCAUACGCUCAUGGACAGCAGCUUGCUGAGGGCAGGCCAUACAUGAAGUGGCUUCUGACGCAACAGAGUGGAAAUGGGGGAUUCCGCUCCACUCAGGACACUGUGAUAGGACUAUCAGCCCUAGCGGAGUACGCAGCCCUGGUAUACACCUCGCCUCAGACUGAGAUCUCACUGACCGUCAAGGCCAACGCUGAAUCUGGCACAGAGUCCAAGGUGUUCAUGGUCCAGAAGAAUAAAUUGCUGUUGCUGCAAUCCUAUGUGUUUCCAAAAGACACUACAUCUCUUGAACUGACUGCCACAGGAAUGGGCUUGGCUGUUGUCAAGAUUCUGUGGCAGUACAACACAAAUACCACUGUUGUGAAGAAGACCAAUACUACAGAGAUUGAUGUGUCAGUUGUGACAUACAAACUCCAAGAGAAUCUCUACAAUCUGAAGGGAUGUUUCAGCUCCCAACAGUCUAACCUGGGCAUGACCGUGGUGUCAUUUGAGAUGCCGACAAUGUCGUCACUGGCUAAUGAAGACAUGCUGGCUGGAAAUAGAGACGUCAAGCGUGUUGACAAUGAUGGCGAUCAUGUUCAUCUCUAUUUCAAUGAGCCCCGCAAGGAACCUCAGUGUGUGGACGUCCACGUCAGGAGAGAUGCCCCUGUGGCCAACCUGCAGGCAGCCUCCAUGAAAGCAGUCGUAUACUACCAGCCAGAAGUGGAGAAGGAUGUUCUGUACACACUUGAAGAAGGUGAAGAUAUUUGCAGCAUGUGUGGUACAUCCUGCCCUUCAAGCUGCGACACCAGUGCAGCCAGCAUCCAGAGACUCCACAGCUUCCUCCUUGCAGGUGUCAUCUGCCUCCUCCUCAGCCUCAUUCUGGCCCUGUAACCAUGGAAACAGCUCAGUGAUUCAUGACAAGGAGACAGCAGGGGUUGCACAUGAUGAAGAACUUGAUAAAUUCUGAAAAUUUUGUGACUGCCAUGUCUGUUUCUAUUCAUGUUCACGGUGAAUUUUAUUGAGUAUGUGCUCCCUACGUUACGGUUCUGAUAGUGUAGACGUUUUAGUCGUAAUAUGCUUGGUUACUUGAGAAGAGGCAUUGUAAAUAUUCCUUUACUAUCAAAUACCAAGUAAUCACUUUGUUUCAACCUUCAAAAUGUAUAAGAUAGCUGAUUUGAGGAAAAUAUUCUAAAAAUUUGGAUUUUAUUAUUAUAUAAUCUACUGGCUGUAAAUAUUGGUCAUGCACUGGUACUAAACUAAUGGUAAAAUGAAGACUCAAAUUUGUUUUGUUUUAACCUUGAAACUGCUGUGCAUUGCUUUAGAGAUUUAAAAAUAAUCAUAAAUUUAACCAUGACAACAUAAUGUACCACCGGUUUGAGUUUGUUUCAGCCAAUUGGGCUAAUAAAGACCUGGAGAUAAAUGUUCAAUGUGGCUGCUAAAGCCUUUAGAGAAAGUGUGAUCACAUUUGAAUUUGUGCUUGUUCACUUGGAAUUGUUAUAGAUCAAUACAUAUUCACCAAUAGCAGGUUGUCCAGACACAGAUGGCAAUAAAAGAGUGAGACUUUUGUAAAUUCGUACAACAAAAAUGUCCUAAAGAUUGAUGAAUCCAUAUCUUAAAGAGACUGACGCAUUCAUGUAUAAAAUGAAAUUAUGUUAAUGUUUAUGGUGUUUGAUCAAAGAAAAGUAAAGCAUUAUUAUUUAUGUUCCUAGGCAGUAAAUAGCCAAAUACAAUAUUCAGCCAUUCCAUGAAGACUGUGAUUAGCCAUGUUCACUCUGAUGGACAUAUCUGUUUGAUAUAUAUAUGUACAUAUUUUUUUCUAUAUUUUUGACAUGGUAAUGGACUUUAUAUGAGGAUCAGUGUAUGAAUGAUUCAGAGUAAUCUGUGUUCAGGAUCCGUAGGCUGACAAUACCAUGUUAAAGUGCCGGUCACAAUUUUGGAUGGUGCUUAUUGGCCAUUUUUUCACACUUAUAUGUCUGUCUGAAAAUAUCAAAAGCAUAAUAAUUGCUUACCUUUGUGUCUUCAUUGAACAGUACUAUAGUACUACAUUAAACAGCACUGAGGUCAUUAUGAUCUAAUUAUGACUGUGGUGUCUCUACCAGCAGUAAUUGUGACUCUUCAUGUCAGUAGCAUGUCAUCCUUCUUUCAUCAUGUUUGUUUCCAUUAGCAGGAUUGAGGAACAUGGAAUGAAUGGCGUGCAAUAAUAUCUUUCAAAAUAACUCCUAAAUACAAAUAUAUUCAUAAAUAUUUUCUUAGCCAUGUUAUGAAAAAAUAAUUCAGAAUCAAUCUAUUGAUGUUUUGGCCUCACCAUAGAAACAAUUUGAAUGAUUCCACUUCAGAAUCUAAGGAAUUAUGAAAAUAUUGAUUUGUUGUAGCUGUGUCAUAAAUAUUGUGGUCGCAUUGUUAAACAGUUCAUGUGGUCAUGGUGAUAUAUGUGUCCUUUGAACUUGUACUUUGUUUGUAAACAAACUUACAUGUGACCUGAAUCUCCUUGUCAUCAAUGAGUGAGUCAGUAUGGUUUUACGCUGCUGUUAGCAAUAUUCCAGCAAUACAACCAAGUGGUUAAAGCAUUCGCUCGUCACACCGAAGACCUCGGGUUCGAUUCCCCACAUGGGUACAAUGUGUGAAGCCCAUUUCUGGUGUCCCCUGCCAUGAUAUUGCUGGAAUAUUGCUAAAAGUGACAUAAAUUAAACUCACUCACUCACUGCAGUUGUGAAAAGCUGUCUUCUUACGUUUACCAGUAAGCUGAUGUAUGACAUUAAUUCCCGGAUACUACUUUCUUUUAAGAUUCUGGUGCUUUAUGAUUUUGAACUUAAACUUUUUCCCUAAACCACAUGUACAGUAACCCAGUGAUGUUUCCAUGUGCUGUUUUGUCUGAUAACUAUAUGUUAUUAAUAGUUGAUGUCAAAUUGUUUCAAAGACACUUUUCAUAGAUGUUAUGCAAACUUGCUGGUUCCCCAUUGUAAUUGUUAACAUUUCAGCAGAUUCUAUGAAAUUUUAUACUUAUCUUUUGAAACAUAUUUUAUGCAAUGCCUUUGUUUACUGUGAAAUUUCAUAAUGAAGGUGAUUUUCAUGUUUGUUUUUAAGUGCCGGUUUCUACAAAUUGGAUUUUUAAAAUGUUUUAUAAGUUGAAGAAUUAUUGUUUCAGGAAUGUAUUUGGAUAUAUUUCAACAUGUGGGUUUUCUUUACACCUGCUUUUGGUGUUGUAUUGUCGUUUUGUUUUCAGUACCAUGCAUUUUGGGGGUUGUGUUGUUUUAGAAGUGCCUUUUAUGACAUAUCCUCACAGUGCUUUGAAUAAAUAUUUUUACUGGAAUAAACAGUUAGAGCAUAA